ACAUGACCAGCCUGUCGAUGAUCUUGCCAUAGGAAGAGAGCGGUGACGUUCUGUCAGUCCAUUGCUGCACGCCCUUUCAGUGUUUUGUUGCAAUCGAACUGUCAGACUGUGCUGCAGACCACAGGCUCAAGCGAGAAGUUGCAACUGUUCAGGUUUAGGUCCAAAAAUGGACUUGGUAGUAAAUGCAGCAGACUAUCAUUUUUUCACACCUUACGUCUAUCCAGCUUCUUGGAGUGAAGAUGAUCCUUUCCGGCAACUCAUCAGUCUUUUUGUUAUUACAAAUCUAGGUGCUCUUGUCAUUUACUUUGUUUUUGGUGGUCUCUGUUACUAUUUUGUGUUUGACCAUUCUCUGAUGAAACAUCCGCAGUUCCUUGAGAAUCAAGUAUGGCGGGAGAUCAUGUUUUCUGUAAAGUCUAUGCCAUGGAUAAGUGUACCGACUGUUGCCCUUUUUUUUGCUGAAGUGCGAGGAUACAGCAGACUUUAUGAUGACAUUUAUAGUUCACCAUAUGGAUGGUUUGGGGUGAUUUUCAGCAUGUUUUCUUUUCUGUUCUUCACGGAUAUGUGCAUUUACUGGAUUCACAGAUUUCUUCAUCAUAAGCUAUUUUACAAGCGUUUUCACAAACCUCAUCACCUCUGGAAAGUGACAACCCCCUUCGCUAGUCAUGCGUUUCAUCCAGUAGAUGGGUUUAUGCAGUCUCUCCCAUACCAUAUAUAUCCAUUUAUUUUUCCCCUGCACAAAGUAACCUACCUUGGACUCUAUGUUUUUGUCAAUAUUUGGACAGUGUCAAUUCAUGAUGGAGAUUAUCGAGUCCCUAAAUUCCUUGAGCACAUUAUUAAUGGUGCUGCCCAUCACACUGACCAUCACCUGUUCUUUGACUACAACUAUGGUCAAUAUUUUACUCUUUGGGAUAAAAUAGGAGGCUCCUACAAAAACCCAUCUUCUUUUGAAGGAAAUGGUCCACAUACUCUCUGCAAGAAGCUAGAGGAAGAAAAACAGAACCCACAGAAAGCAUUAUCAUCUGAGAAAAAAAGAAUGUAACAUUUCCAAUUAAGAGUUUAGAAAAUGGCUACAUGGGCACGUCAUUUUCUUUAGUAAAAAGCCAAAUUGCAGAUUUUCACCAUUAAAUGACUUAAUCAGGCUAAAUAAUGGCUGAAACUACAAAUACAAAAGAAAACCUGCAACAUUUGUAUCUGUUUCUCCCGAUACAAGGUGUCACCUAUGCAGUGAAUUUUUCUGAAUAAUUUUAGUAGCUGCAAUUCUUUCAGAUCCACUAGGUACUGAGUAACAGACUAAAGCUAUUACAAUUGCUAUGAACCCCAGAUGUCCAGUCUUUAAAAUAAUGCUUUCUUUGAUAAUCCUGGUCUGUAGUUGAUGUGAUCAUUACAAGCAAUAGGUACUUCAAGACUUUAUAGUUGUUAGCUUGAAGUGGUUAUGAAUGUUUAGAACUCAGGAAUAAAGCCCAUAAAGGAACUGCUGUUUUAUAAAAAAAUAUAUUUAUAAAUAUAUAAUUCAGAAGGUGAAAAUCCACAAAUAUCAAUUUCAUACAGUAUCUAGCAUAGAGUAUAGAUAAUGCUUAUCCCUGUUAAGUGUUUUAUGUUUUUGUUUAUGUUGUUUAUCUCUGCAGAAAUUUUGCAGCUCUAAAACAAAGCAGUAGCUUUCGGUAAAUCUGAUGCCUGAUUAAUAGCAAACAGCCACAGAUUCCACGAUUUGGCAUAAACUGCAUGUACAUUGAUUCCAUAUUGGUUGAGAAUUGUAUUUGCAAACAAGAAAACAUAAUAAAGGAACAAAGUAUGAUUUAUCCAUUUAUAAAAAAAAUAAAAGUAUUACUAACUCCUGGUUUGUGGGACACCCAUAUAAAUGUUUUCCUUGUGGAUGCUUUUGAUAAAUUUCUUAUUUUGCAUUUGUACAUAUUGAUGUCCACACCCUUAAAUUAAUUGACAAUGAUGACAACGGUGAAACUUAAAUGGUAUCUAAGGUGGCUAAUAGCUAUGUGUAUAUAUAUAUAUAUAUAUAUAUAUAUAUAUAUAUAUUUGUAGAGAGAGAGAGAGAGAGAAUGUUAAAGGAUGUAUAAACUCUAAAAAGGAAUGAUUGGAAAAAAAUUUUUUGUUACCAAGUUAUUGUCUGAAAUGUCUAAUAAUAAUGUUAAUUUAAAAAAAAAAAAGAUGAUUAAAAGAGCACUCUGAGUAAUUUUACAUUCCUUUGUUUUUAGGGUUUUCAUAUCAUUUAAGCAAGUAGGGUUCUCUGUAAAAAUGGGAUGAUUUAAUCAUAGUACAGGUAUGGGACCUGUUAUCCAGAAUGCUCGGGACCUGGAGUUUUCCAGAUAAGGAUUAAUUAUAUCUCAGUUGGGAUCAAGUACAAGGUUCUGUUUUAUUAUUACAGAAAAAAGGAAAUCAUAUUUAAAAAUUUGAAUUAUUUGCUUAUAAUGGAGUGUAUGGGAGAUGUCCUUUCUGUAAUUCGGAGCUUUCUGGAUAACGGGUUUCCGGAUAACGGAUCCCAUACCUGUACAUACAGUUAUUGAUGUAUAAUACUACACUGCACAUGCCAUUCAAUGUAAACUAGUAGUAUAAAUGUCAGGAUACUUCCCAUAAAAAACAUGCACAUUUUCUGUACUUAGCCAUGACAUCAGAUACCAUGUGUGUAUUUUGCGUAUUUUUUUUCUGUGUGUGUGCGUGUUGCUCAAAGGUGUAGUAAAGCCUGUGUAUUUUUCCAUCUAGUAUUACUGUCUUAUAUUGAUGUUGGUGAUUUUAUGGUAUACAUACCCUUUUAGGUGGGUGCAACAAAUGAAUGACCCCUUAACACAUCACUCUAAAGAACAGAAGUAGUCAGAAAGCCUUUCUCAUGUGACUGCAUUCUAUAGGAAAACAUUUAAAAUCUUCCCAUGCAGGAGAUGUGUGCAGUAGCCUUAUAUAGAUCUUUCAAAGCUAUUCUAGAAUCAAUUGUAUUUUCCCCCUUUGGUCCCUUCUAUAUUAAUGCUAGCCUUAUUUCUACCACUGUAUAAUUUCAUCAAUUCUGUUUAAUUUAAGUCUGUAAAUAUGUUGUAUGUCUGACCAACAAAGUUAUGUGCCAACAAGAUAACUAUAUUUUAAAUAAAAUAAAUCAAAAUAUUUUUAAAUAAUAA